AUGUUAUUCUCGAAUUCUACAGUAUCUAGCAGUAUGCCGCUGCUGUUUCCUUUGUUUUAUUUGUUUUGGCUUGACACUGCUCGCUCUGGUGCAUUACGUUCCGUGACUGGUAAGUGCGUUUUGCUCGGCACCUUUACUGAAUAUAUUCUACCAACGGCUUCUUCCAUGUAUUCCCCUCUCGUAGUAGUGUGUGUGUGUGUGUGA